ACUGCUCAAUUUGGAGCAGUGUCAAGUUAAAAAUAAUCUGCAUUUAUAUCAGCGAUCUAAUCGAUCGCAAUGUUUACCUAAAUCCGAUUCAAGUAUUACCUGCCUUUUCCACGUGAAAGCUUUCUGAAAUUCUGAAAAUGCAUUUUUCAAGGCGAUUCUCCGACGAGUGAAGUCGAGUGAUAAACAUAACCUUAGAUAUGCUGUCAGAAGUUGACGUAUUUAUUAGCAACUACACACUUGUCGAUCCUGAAGUAUAUCAACUUUGGGUAGAUGGAUAUUCGUCCAGCGAUGCAGUUAAUAUUCUACAACAGAGAGGAAUCUGCCAGCAAACGAACGCACCAGUCGAGCUCCUUGCUUCAGAUGUUUUGGACCAUUACCGUACUUAUUCUCUUCUUGAGAAGCUAUUGCACACUCCAACGAAACUGGCGAGUGAACAGUUGGCCUUCCAGAUAGAGCCCCAAACUAGCCAAAUGUUAAUCGAAAUGUAUUAUGAGUUUAAUGAUAGCGUAGCGCGAGAGCUUCUUGGUAAAAAACUUACCUCCAAGAACAGAAAAGACAUGGAGGAGGUUGCGGAAAGGACUGGAGUUACUCUAAAAAGUUGUCGUAGGCAAUAUGACAAUGUGAAGCGAGUAUUUAAAACUGUGGAGGAUCUGCCAGGCUCCUUGGUUACUAAUAUAAAGCAGCAUUUUUUACUUCCUGAAGAAUUAGCAAAGAGAUAUGCAGCUGUAGUGUUCAUUGCAUGCCUACGAUUUGAAAUGAACAAGAGGAAAUUGCAAUUUUUAACCUUCCCAGAUUUGCAUCACUGUGCCAACAGCAUGAUGACUCUCUGGACUUAUCGUUAUACAGGUUCUGAGUAUUUUGAUACAGACUUGGAUAGAGAAUUUUUACUUGAACUACCAGAAUGUAGAACACUUUUAGAAAACGAAAAGCACCAUAAACAUUUGGUUUGCAUAAAAUUAAAACCAAUGCUCUUAGAGCGAAUAUACCAAGACAUGGAUCUUAACUUCAGAACAUACUCAAGAGCUAUUAUUGGCAUUGCCUGCAAUUUGCAUCGUACAAGAGAAUUAAGAUUCUUCUUUUAUGAGUUAGUAGAGAAAUGUAUAGAGCCUUGGAGACAAGCAAGUUGGUCACACACGGAUCUGCGUAAUUUUCUUGCUGUAUUCACGCAGUGCGCAUUAGACAUGGAUGUCCUAAGAGAAAGCGAUUUGCGAGAUGCUUUCGAACGUUUUAUGAAGGUGGUUACUAGCUGUUUGUUGAGGAUGUACCAUACAUGACAAUUAGAAUUAGACAAGAUGGAUCUGGAAAAAGAAAGCGCGGAAAAAAUAGAGUUCAUAGGAUAAAGUAUCAAAACUGUGAAAAGCAAAAACAAUGGAGAUAUGUAUAUUACAAUUUAUUUUUUUCUGUAAUAAAUUAAUAAACAAAUGCAGCCCACAAA